CUUGCUUCGAUAUGCGCCGUCCAAUUCACGCAGGCCUGCUGUGCUGUCCCUAUGGCACAGCGUGUCCGAUCGCAUGAAUUCUAUAUGGUUGAUGCCAUGAUGAGAGCAGUCGUCAACCCUGGUACAACUUCCACGAAUUUUAAUGAUAAUUCAGAGCAGAUAAGCAACCCAAAAAAAGGGAUCGCCGCAUUCGGUAGUAGGUGGAUGCAUUCUGAUCUGUGGGUCUUUGGUUUUUAACCCAGCUACCGUCUCUUCGUUGCCACAAGGCUGAUAAGAGAAAUGACUGAGGAAUUGUACUCCGACCGCAAUAUCCGAGCCUAUAUAUUUCAAUCUUGGCCCUACAAGGAGUAUUGUAAUCAAUAUGAAGCAGCUCCAGAUCUCUCUUGCCGGCACUCAUGCACUGCAACUGGCUGAAACUGGUGUAUGUGUUCUACUGGCCAUCGGCUUGGGCUCUUUACAACCAGUCGACUGGUUUCCCCGAACAGGAUAUCGACAAUGGUGUUGCAUUGCAGCAGGUUGCCAAUAUUUCCCUGGGGAACAUGAAGCUUGAGUCUCUGGCAACCAAUGGCUGCCGCUUUGAAGACGCCCAAAUCCGCAGAGAAUGGCCACCAUCUCACGUCCAGGGUAGGCGCAGCUUGUCUCUAGCUGCAAGGAAAGAAUUCACCGAUGCUAUCGUCUGCUUGCAGAGUCUUCCUGCAAAUAUUUCGGCAGAAGAAAAGGAGACCUUCCAGGGAGUACAAACUCGGUAUGAUGAGUUCGUAGCUACCCAUAUAAAUCUGACGGAACACAUCCAUGUGACGGCUGAUUUUCUCGCCUGGCAUCGGUUCUUUCUUUAUGCAUUUGAAAAUGCGCUACGAUUUGAGUGCAACUAUACAGGCACUCUUCCCUACUGGGAAUGGGGACUUGAUGCGGAGAACCCCCAGAGCUCUGUCCUCUUCAAUGGUGACCCAUACAGUAUGGGGACUAAUGGGGUAGACAUGAACCGAACAAGCAUCUACUGGGAAUCUCAAAACAUGAGCAUUCCAGCCGGGACUGGGGGUGGGUGCGUAUAUGGGGGUCCUUUCUCCAAUUACACAGUGCACAUGGGCCCUAUUGAUGCUCCUGGAGAGCAGCCAGUCCAAUACAACUUGGAGUAUAAUCCGCGCUGCUUAUCGCGAGAUGUGAACCCCACCAUCUCACAAAUGUCAAUCUCCUUCCGAAACACUACGAAACUGAUCCUCUCGUACGAUACGAUUGAUUGGUUCCAAGGCGUCAUGCAAGCAGACCAACGCUUCACUGAUCCCACAGCUCCUUUCAGUUACGGGGUUCAUGGUGGAGGACAUCUUACUGUUGGAAGCGUCUUGGCAGACAUUGAUACCAGCCCGGCCGAGCCGAUGUUCUGGCUUCACCAUGCACAGAUCGACCGUGUCUGGACAAUCUGGCAAGGACUAGAUCCGGCGAAGAGAAGAAAAGCGAUCUGGGGCACUUCAACCCGAGGCGAUAACCCGCCUUCUGCAAACAUGACGUUAGACGAUGUGCUUGAUUUUGGGUUUAUUUCUCAACCGCUGAAGUUUGCCGAUCUGAUGAACCCUCUGUCUGGACCGUUCUGCUACUACUACGCAUAGCCGAUAAAGUUUAAAUUUUUGGAUCUUGGAAAUAAGUAACAUAUAACGCCGACAGAAGUUAAAUUUAUCAUCUUCGCUGGAAAAGAAAAACCGGGAUAAGUCAUUGAUGUAUGAAGCCGAUCGGCCUGAAGUCAACUUCUACCGGCGCGUUGUCAACUCUAAGCAGACACCCAUCGUUUGCGGCAGUUGCGGGGAGGCAAAGUGGAUCAUCAAGAUCUCAAUUCCCCAAAACAUCACGGCAAGAAAAUUGAAUUGAAUUGGGGUUACAUCGACUGACGGCGCUCCCGAUCCAAUCUCCUUUCUACUGGAAAAGAUUUCCUCAGCGAUACAUAAUAAUUUGUGUUACUCUUCAGAUCCGGGCGCAUCCAAGUCUAUUCUUAGCGGCUACAAUAUGUAACUCUAC